AUGAAUAUUACAGAUAUCCGGCUCAACAUAACCCAAGUGUCCGGUUACAGCAAGCAAGAGAUUAUGAGAUUGAGCCUUUUAGGACUAACAAUGCUAUGUUUUGUCUUCUUCGUGUUGGUGAUGAUACUUAUGCUGAGCAUCUACUUCACUAAAAUCCACGCCAGAGAUGAAGCUCGCUACCUCCUGCUUGCCCACAUGCUCAUCACUGACUUAUUGUACCUUCUCUUCAGUCUUUUCCUGUUUUUGAUUUAUUUCUAUCCAAUCACCUUCUCUGUACCAUUGUGUUAUGUUUUAGUUACAGUGUCUUCUACCUCUAUGAAGGUCACACCGUACAACCUUGCCGUCAUGUCCUUGGAACGCUAUGUGGCCGUAUGUUUCUCACUGAGACAUGGGGCAAUCUGCACCUUACACAGAACUGGGAUUGCCAUCGGUAUAAUAUGGACAAUUGGGCUUAUACCUAAUGUCGCUGAUUUGAUUGUUCUAACCACAUCUGUAGAUAAGGAAUUUUUCUCCCUUUAUGUGACAUGCAGCCGCACCAGACAAACCAUAACCUCAAUGCAAAGCUCCAUAAGACUCUUUACAUACUCCCUAACUUUCUCCUUGGUGGGGCUGAUCAUCAUAUUCACCUACAUUAAGAUUACCAUGGUUGCUUUUAAGAUUGACUCCGGAAGGACUUCAGCCUCCAAGGCUGGUAAGACUGUCAUUCUCCACGCGUUUCAGCUGAUGCUAUGUAUGACGGCUUUCAGCUAUGGCAUUUUAGAUGUGGUACUGAAAGAUUUUGUUGUUUUAUUACCAAUCAUUAACUUUUGUUUCUUCAUGUGUCUACCAAGGUUCCUCAGCCCCCUUAUAUAUGGAAUAAGAGAUAAGCUCUUCAGCCAUCACACAACAAGAAUUAUCUUCUGCAAAAAUUAAAGAUGUGACCCCAAUUAAUCCAUAUGUAGGCUAAUAUAUUAGAUGAGAACUCAGAUACAUUGUAUUAGCGGCCCCCUUACAUAAGCAUGGCUUUCUAUAGAAGUGUUAUAAAUAAUUACCUGUUCUAUCAUAGACUGGCUUUUCCAGUGCUGCAGAAAUCACUGAUCUUCUUCAGACAGAGCAGACGGAGGUGUCCAUUGAAUGUGUUUUACAAUCUGCUUCUUGCACUGUGCAAUAUAUUGUGUAAUAUAAUGUGUAUUAUGGUAACAAGCCGUAACAUG